CCUCAUUAUAAAAGGAGUUGUACGUCACUUGGCCAUCAUAUGAGUAAGAAUAUUAAAACCCUAAAAUUCUCUCUUCUCUGCCCGUAGGUUCCGGCGGCCCUCCCUGCCGGCAUCUUUCUUCUCUUCCUUCGCCUUACUUUCUGGAGUUCGGAGGCACUCGAAGCCUUCUCUACCCCGAUACUUUCGUAUCAUUGGUGCUCUCAUUGAGAUCAUGACUUCGGAAGCUAAUCCCCUCACGGAACACUUGGCGGCCAUUGACACCCGCUUCAAGGAACUGCGUGAUGCCAUCCACGAUACCACCAAGCAACUGCAAGAGGAGUUCGAAACACGGCUGGCCCUACACGCCUCCAAAUUGGACAGUCAAUAUGCGCGGGUGGAGGCGCUGAUCCUGCCUUACAAAGGGGGGCCAUCCCAUGCACAUAACCGUGGCCAGGGUUUUGAGGACGGGUACGAACGCGGUGGCACGUCGUUUACCCCCAAACCUAAGCUCGAGCCUCCCAAAUGUGACGGAUCAGACCCUUUACGUUGGCUUUACAAGGUAACAGAAUACUUUGCCUUUUAUGAUACUCCUCCAGAUGAGCGUUUGCGUUGUGUUCCCUUGAUGCUUGAAGGGGCUGCCGCUGAUUGGUUUUGGUGGCGCAAGAAGAAUAAUCUGUUGCUCGGUUGGGACGACUUUGUGGAAAAGUUUAAACAACGUUUUGAUCCAAAUCAAUAUGUGGACUACUUUGGGCAAUUGGCGAAGCUACGGCAGCGGGGAAGCGUGAUGGAAUACCAAGAUGAAUUUGAAAAGGUGCUUCAACACGUCUCCGGCGCCCACGAGGACAUUCUCAUAUCAUUGUUCCAUGCCGGCUUGAAACACCAUCUCCAAAAGGAAAUUAUCAUGCUCAAACCUGCCACUCUUUCGGAGUCUUUUUCUAUGGCCAGGGAAUUAGAAGCCAAACACUCGGCCUUGGUUCACUCUAUCCAGCAACGUUCUGCCAGUCCCUUCUCCCCUUCACCGCGUGGUGCACCACAGGGGUUAAAGCCGGCGACUACAGCCCCAUUACUGCCCACCCCACCAAAGCCACUCCCUCAUAAUCCCGGGCCUAUCAAACGCUUAACACCGGCAGAAAAGGAAGCUAAGGAUGCCAAAGGCCUUUGUUACAAUUGUGAUCAAAAAUGGUCCCGCAAUCAUAAGUGCGGACGUUUUUUGAUCCUUUGUGGCGACGAUGACGAUGACGAAGCCUUUCCACCAGACACCGAGGAGGACUUAUUGGUCGCGGCCGACAUCUCUAGCCUAAACAAUUUCUCUAGCAUCCAACCACCGAGGUCCUUGCGCUUGGUAGGGCGGGUUGGGUGCCAAGAUGUCCGCGUCCUCAUUGAUGGUGGGAGCACCCACAACUUUAUUCAUCCGGAGAUCGUGGGCCGUCUACAGCUUCCCUUGACGGCGGUUGCACCGUUUCGGGUGUAUGUUGGUAACGGUGAUGCGAUGCCGUGUGCAUCCCAGUGUACAGGAGUGCCUCUUCUCAUGCAAAAUCACAUUUUUUCUAUUGAUCUUUUUGUUUUGCAGAUUCAUGGGCAAGACAUUGUGUUGGGAGUUCAAUGGUUGCAACAGCUUGGUAAAAUUACACAAGAUUACGCCCAGUUAACGCUGGAUUUCAUUUGGGAAGGCCAGCCGAUCCAACUACGGGGCGAUUCUACUCCCAAACCAGUCUCGUUUGCUAUGUUUAAAGCUCUCCAAUCCUUCAACUCAUUGGUCGCCUACUAUGAGCUCUUGGCACUGCCGAAGGAUGAUCCUCCCACCUCGCCAGCCACUGACCAGGAGGCCCAGAUUAUCCCUGCCGCUAUUACCGAACUACUCAGCACUUUUGCAGGUCUCCGUGAAUUACUUCACCAAGUGGUCCAAACUCCGGAUCAACAGUAUUAUGUACGCAAACUCAUGGGGUUUCAAUUUCGAAUCGAAUAUAAACCCGGUGCCUCCAAUCGUGUCGCCGACGCACUCUCGCGCCGGGAGGACGGCGAGGGGUUGAUCGCCACCUUUAUGCACCUGUCUCGGCCAGUCCCUGCCCUUAUGGAGGCCAUUCGCACAGAAAAUCAGUCCCAACCAGACCUCAUGGGGCUGCAUGCGGCGGCCAGUGAGGGUAAGUUGCCAUUAGAUUUUUCAAUUGCAGAUGGUAUGCUUUUCUAUCGCCGCCGUCUCUGUAUAGGCAGAGACUCACCACUUUGGGCACAGCUACUUAGGGAAUACCAUGACUCUCCAUUGGCAGGACAUCCGGGCAUACAACGCACAUUUUACCGUUUAGCCAUGCAUUUCCAUUGGCCCGGCAUGCGGCGGGACAUCCAACGACAUAUCGAGGCAUGCACUAUCUGCCAAGUUACGAAGUACUCGACCCAACCGCCGGCUGGGCUUCUACAGCCCCUCCCUAUUCCGCUCCAGCCACUGCCAUUGCCUAGGGACUUUGUCGACGGGCGGCCACCAGCCCGUCCCGUGCGGGUGCAUGGGCAACGUACCACCUUAGUCGCGGGUCAGGCCGUACGCCAGGCGCUAGUGGAAUGGUCCGACGGUGGAAUGGCAGAAGCCACCUGGGAGCCCAUCGAGAAUCUACACCGCCACUUUCUAGAUUUGCACCUUGAGGACAAGGUGCUAGUUGAUCCGGUGGGGAAUGUUAUGAAUGACGUGGGUCACGAGCAUACGGAGAAUGAGGAGCUCGGGGAAACGGAAGAGGAGCUCGGCCAUGAGGAUUUGGGGUCUAACCUAGAGUCUGAUAUGGGUCAAGAUGUAGAGCAUGAAGAAACGGAUGUAGUACCAGACGUGCGCAAGAGCUCGAGGGUUAGGCGUCUUCCCGCAUGGCAAAAGGAUUAUUUAAUUUAGUAUUUUAGACAUUUUAAUAAUUAUUAUUGUGCUUUAGAUUUUGUUAGGUGAGCGUAAUUAUAAGCUCCUUCGAGGGUUUCUUUACGGUUCUUUACCUCGUCGCUUUUCUUUGAACCGCCAGGAUAGAUAACGU